GUCAUGAUCAGCCUUGCAGCAGUGUCGCGAUCAUUGGUUCUUCGGAACUGAUUUACGGCAAGCCGUCAGUGAACUGUGGUGGGUCUGGAAAAGGUUAAAGUGAACCCGAGGAAACCAUGCCAUUCGUUGAUCUGCAGUCUAGGCUGGGAAUCAAGUUGGACCAAUGGAUCCUGACCCAGAGCGGCGAGCAGCCUUACAAGCGAGCCGCACGCUGCCACGCCUUCGAGAAGGAGUGGAUCGAGUGUGGUCAUGGCAUCGGGCAUACCCGUGCGAGGAAAGAAUGCAAACUCGAGUUUGAAGAUUUCUAUGAGUGCAUGCACCGACAAAAGACGAACAAGCGCUUGUAUGAGAUCCGGAAGCAGAGGGAGAAGCUGAUUAAUGAAGGCUCAUACACACCUCCUGCGCAUCAGACUGGCAAUGAAGAACCUCGGCCCUGAACCCUGAGCUCGCUGUUAAACGCUCGGUGUGCCGACUCACUCGUGUACUAUAAUUAUUCUUCUAACAACAUUGUUUAUCCGUUCUACUCCAAAUUAAAUAAAUUCUAUACAUCAGU